AUGACGGAAAGAGGCCGCGGUAGUUCACGAGGAGGCAGCGGUUCUCGAGGUGGAUCCCGUGGAGGUCGUGGUGGAAGCAGAACAGGCAACACGCUCGGACAAGAUCAAAAGCCCAAGAAGGAAAGUAUUCUCGAUCUUACAAAGUACACUGAGAAAAAAAUACGUGUUAAAUUCAAUGGUGGAAGGGAAGUGACUGGAAUACUAAAGGGAUUCGAUCCAUUGUUGAAUCUUGUAUUGGACGAAACUGAAGAAAAUCUUCGCG